GUUCGAACCGGUUUUUUUGAAGGAAGAAAUCGAAUUGAUUCCCUUAUUUCAGAUAUUUAUGAUUGGGGAACGACCGCAAUAACUGUACAUGGUCGAUCCAGACAACAACGGUAUAGCAAGCUUGCUGACUGGAAUUAUAUAUAUCAGUGCACAAAUAAUGCUCCAACCGGUCUCCAAGUGCUUGGAAAUGGUGAUAUUUUUUCAUAUUGUGACUACAAUAAGCAUAUGGCUGAUUGUCCUGAACUUUCUACUUGCAUGAUUGCUCGUGGUGCUUUAAUUAAGCCUUGGAUAUUUACUGAAAUUAAGGAACAAAGGCACUGGGAUAUCAGUUCAGGAGAGCGGUUAAAUAUUUUUAGGGACUUCGUGAAUUUUGGUCUUGAACAUUGGGGCUCUGAUACGAAAGGUAUGAUGACAUGGUGCGUGCUUAGUAAAUUUUAUCAGUGUGCAAUGAAAUUUGCAGUCUCAAAGCCCAAAAUUAAUUACAUAUUCAGAAUCAACAAAAUGUGUAAAAUUUGUGCAAAAUGA